AUGCAAAAAUAAGAAGCUGAAUUAAGAAGAUUUCCUGACUUGAUAAUUUCUACUCCUGGAAGACUUAUAGAUCAUUUAAGAAAUUCUAAAUGUGUGGAUUUAGAUAAUUUAGAAAUACUGGUUUUUGAUGAGGCGGAUAAAUAAUUAGAAUUAGGUUUUGAAAGCGAAAUAAAGGAAAUUCUCUAAAAUUGCAGCAGAGAUAGACAAACUCUUCUUUUUUCUGCUACAUUGAAUGAUAGUGUUUAAUCUUUGAUUGAUUUAGCUCUUAAGAAGCCUGUUAGGAUAAAAAUAAACGCAAGUAAUAGCACAAACGAUAAACUAACAUAAAAAAUGCUUAAAAUUCCAUUCGAAAAUACGCGUGAAGCUUCUCUAUUGGCAGUUGCAGCCAAAUUCUACAAAGAUAAAACAGUAAUUUUUUUUAAAACAAAAAAAUAAUGUCACCGCAUGGCAAUUAUUUUCGGGCUUUUCAAACUAUCAGUCUGUGAACUACAUGGAAAUAUGACCCAAAACCAAAGAAUUCAAGCCUUCACAGAUUUUAAAGAAGGAAAAUACUCGUACUUAAUGGCCACAGAUUUAGCAGCCAGAGGGCUAGAUAUUUAAGGCUUAAAAGCAGUUAUUAAUUAUGAACUUCCUACUGAAGUUUCAAGAUACAUACAUAGAGUAGGAAGAACUGCAAGAGCAGGAAAAGAGGGAGUUUCGCUCACUUUAGGGACUGAAUAAGAACUUAAAAGUCUGAAAAAAAUGCUUAAGGAAAAUUAAGAUUCGGCUAUGAAGAAAUUUAGUAUUCCUGAAGAUAUAUUGAAAAGCUAUUAAGAUAAAAUUAAAGGAAUUGAAAGGGAAAUCGAAAGGGUUAUAGAUGAAGAAUAGGCUGAAAGAUAAUUAAGAAAAGCAGAAAUGGAAAUGAAAAAAGCAGAAAACUUAAUCAAGUUUUAAGAUGAUAUUUUAAACAAACCAAAAAAAACUUGGUUUUAAACUAAUUAGUAGAGAAAUUAAAUUAGAGAAGCUUCAAAAGAAGCUUCUUUAUAGAAAAAAAGACAUUUAUGA